CUGCUCAGUGGGUUUCAGUUUUGUCUUUUUAGGUACAGCCUUUUACGUUUUCAAACAACGAGCACAGAAUGGCUAGAAAAAGUGGAAGCUGAUGGUUUUGCUCUAAAUCACGUAAGCUAUAUUAAGUAUGAUGAGCCGAAAAGGCCGUUGAUUGAUAUAUGGGCAGAACCGAAUAGGUACCGCAAGCAUGCCGAUGUACUCGUUGCUCCAGAAUUCCUAGACACUUUCCUGGUUUUACUCAAACGGCACGGCGUAAGUGAUGUGCAAAUCAUCAAAAAAGACAUA